CUCAGCUUAAAAUGAAAGCUCAGUUGUGAUUGUUUCCAGAAGCAAAGCUUGUGACUCGCAUCACAUGGAGCAAAAAUGACAAGCGUUUCCACUUAACAAAAAGGGAGAUUGUAUACUGUUGAAGGGGGAAAGAAAGGGAGGGCAAGGAACGGCAAGCAAGGGAGGCAAAACAAGUGAGGGUACGGCCUGCCUGCCUGGGGCUGCUCAAAAAAGGCUUUGUGGCUUUAAAGCCGCAGAGGGAAGUUUCCAUCUUGGCUCGCCAGCAGCCAAGAGGGUGGGACUCAUCCUGCCCCCACAAUAGAUUCCAGCUGUGCGGGAUGACGUGUCCGGGCACAGUGGUUUCUGAUUGCCUUUGGCAGCUCCGUUGUUUUUGCAGAACACACCCAGACGCUCUGCUCUUUGCAGACGCUCUCCGAAGCAGUGGAAGCUGUUCAUUCGUUCGAGUCUCUGUGAGCCUUCACCAUGUUCCUCGCUCAGGCUCUGAUGGAUGCUGCCAGCGGCGGUAAAGCUGGCUCUGGUUCUGGCUCUGGUUCGAGUGGGAGCCGUGCCCUUGCCGCUGCUGGGGGAGCCCUCCUUAAAAGCCUCACAGGGGGCAGUGGAGGCGGUGGGGGCGCAGGCCUCCUGAAAAGCAGUGGAGGUCAAGGUGGAGGAGCUGGCAAUGCCCUGAUGAAAGGCCUCGGGGGGCUCUUGGCAGGAGGAGGCGGCGGCGGCGGUGGGAAAGCAGGGAACGUCAUGGGACUCAUUGGAGGCCUGGUGAACAUCAUCAGUGAGGCCGCAGCUCAGUACACCCCCGAGCCUCCCCCACCGGCCCGCAGCCAUUUUGCCAACGUGGAGGCCAACGAGAGUGAGGAGAUGCGCCAAUUCCGGCGCCUUUUUGCCCAGCUGGCUGGCGACGACAUGGCGGUGUGUCCCACCGAGCUGAUGGGCAUCCUGAACAAGGUGAUGGCCCGGCACCAAGACCUGAAGUCACAGGGCUUCAGCCUGGACACUUGCCGGAGCAUGGUGUCCGUCAUGGACAGCGACACCACAGGCAAGCUGGAUUUCUACCAGUUCCGUUACUUGUGGAACAACAUCAAAAAGUGGCAGGCAGUCUACAAACGGUACGCCUCGCCGAACUCGGGGACCAUCGAAAUGGCGCGGCUGCCCGAGGCCUUCAAGGCUGCAGGGUUCAACAUGCAUGAGCAGCUCUACGCCUUGAUGAUACGCCGAUAUGCCAACGAGGAUGGCACCAUGGAUUUCAACAACUUCAUCAGUUGCUUGGUACGCCUAGACGGCAUGUUCCGCGCCUUCAAAGCCCUGGAUCGCGAUGGAGACGGGAAAGUCCAGAUGAAUCUCCAAGACUGGCUCCAACUAACCAUGUAUUCCUGAACUGAACUGAACAGGAAGAGAAAUGGAAGGCAGUGGUGUUUGUUUUGUUUGGAAGGUUGUUGCAAGUGAGCUCCUUUUUGCUAAUGGCUCCUUUCAAGCAACAAGGCCCACUCUUUGGCCUCUGCUAUAUUUUUAGAUUGCUUUGUUGGGAAAGCAGGAACAGUAGGAGAAUUGUACAACUCUUCUGGCACUGCUUAAUAUUAUUUCUAGCAGCAUUGUUUCUGCAGCUGGAAAUGCCUGCUUUUGAAAAUGGAGACAGGGUGGAGUCAGUAUGCAUGUUGUCUAGUUACAGUGCUUUAUCAUUUCAAGAACAGGUUUAUGCUUUUGUACAUAUAUUUGGGCUGUGCAGAUAUAUAGGACUAAGAAUAAAUAUAUUAUAAUUAAUAUUAUGCUGAAGUUUGUAGGAAAGAUGGGGGUAAAAUGCAGCCCAAGGAAAUCAUAUCUCCUAUGUCUUCUUGAAUUAUCUACCUUGCCCCAAGACUGAAUUGCCUUUCUUGGAUUCCAAUGAAUAUAACAAUUCUGUCUUUUUAAUACAUUGCAGGAUUGUGGCUUGCAGGCACCACACUGUUUAACAUUAAAUAGAUCCUUUGUUUCAAACCAGAAGUGGAUUUGUUGUCUUUUUAUAGGAUCUGUUGUAAUUUUGGCAUUUUUGACAGGGGAUGCAGUUUUUCCCUAAGUUUCUUCUUGAAAGAAGCAACAAGUACUUUUUUAAAUGUCCCUCCUUUUGCAAGAAACUCAUUAGAAACCACGGUUUUCAAAGCCGAUUCAUAAUUUGUAAUUACUUAUGCACAAAAUUCAGGUGUGGUUCUUUUGCAUAGAAAAUAGCGCAACCCUUGUGUAAGAAACAGCACAUGCAGAAAUAACAUUGUAGGUAGAAAUGUUAUUUCCUGUUGGUAAAACACUGUAUUCUGUGAAUAAAAAAGGGCUAUUUUUAUUUCUGCAGAAUGUGUUUUGAAGAAUCCCUUCAGCAUUCUUAUUGCCAGUGUUUCUACACUUCUUUUUCAGCCAUUAUCGGAAUAUUAUUUCCAUUCCUGACCCAUUGUAGCUGCCUUCACCCAAUGUAGUGUAACUAGUCCCUUUACGUGGGACAAAGGUUACCUGUAAUUUUUUCCACAUUAAACAAAUAGUAAACAGGAAGUAUUUUGACCCUCUUCCAAAUGCAUUCCGAUUCAUUUGGGGUUGGAAUUCCAACCACUUGGAGUUCCAUCUGGCCUUUCUGUGUUAAGCCCACGAGAACCAUAACCUGCUGUUUCCCUAAUUUUUGCAUGUGUUUUUUCAACCUUUCCUAUUCUAAAAAGUUGCAGUGUGUUUCUAAAGGCUUUGUCCCUGGUAUGUUGAGCUUUGAAUAUUUUUGGUUGCAUUCUUUUCCUUUAGGCCUCACCCACCGCUGGAAUGCAGCCAUGAGAAAUUCUCUAAUAUUGCCUUCAACUUCACUGAUGGCAGAAGGUCCCCACCCUUUCUGUAUAGUAAGGGAAGGGAUUACUUUCGACUUUCACACUUAUUUUGCCCCGUUGCAGGUUUUUAAGAUUUUGAGUAGGACAUUUAACUCUUUGGCCCCACUCUACACUGCCAUAUAAUGCAUUUUCUAACUGUGCUGUGUAGUCUAAACAGGCCCUUCAUUUUCCUGUCUAAUUUUUCUUUUUUGAUCAAUUGCCAACCCAACAAUCUGCAAAUCCUGCAGCGUUAUACAUCCAUGUUUUGGGUAAUCAGUUUCCUAAAUAUUUUCUUUUAUAUCCAAGCAUUGUAUAAUUUUGUAUUAGGAAGGCUUUGUUGGCAACUGUUUCACUUAGCUCUGGAAAAAUAUUUGUUGGACCCUAUCUACCCUGACAUAUAAUGCAGUUUGGAACUGCAUUAUAUUGUCAGUAUAGACUCAUAUACUGCAUUGAGCUGCAUUAUACUGGCCAUAUAAUGGAGAUUCCCACUGCAUUAUAUGGCAAUGUAGAUGGGGCCUUGGCUUCACAUCUGCUGAGACGUAUUUCAGGGAAAUAUGCAUCUCAACUCCAGUGUUUGCCAAACCCUUGAUGCAUGUCAUUCCUGAGAACUUAAGUGCACACAAAUCAAUCUGCCUCUUUUCAAUUGUGAGCCGCUAAAAUGCAGCUAAAUGGAACAACACAGGCCACAAAGUGCCACAGUUGUUGGGAGGAAUGCUCCGUAAAUUUGAAAACUUACAGGAAACUUUGCAAAUUGCAGGGUAGGAGUUAAAACUUUUGGGUCUUCCCAUUGGUUAUGAAACAAAGAGCGUGUGAUUUGGAGAAACUCCAUGAAAACCCCACUUCUGACUAUAUAAUAAAUGCGCAGUGAUGAUCCAAGCUCUGAAUAAGUGGAAGAAAUGCAAAUAGAGCUGCUUUCCCAAAAACUAGCACAUUUGUGAUGUGUUGGAACUAUGGUUCCUAUCAACCGGGCUGUGGUGCAGGCGGGAGAGCAAACCAGCUGCAAUUAACUGCAAUGAAUCACUCUAACCAGGAGGUCAUGAGUUCGAGGCCCGCUUGGAGCCUGUUUGUUUGUCUUUGUUCUAUGUUAAAAGGCAUUGAAUGCUUGCUUAUAUGUGUAAUGUGAUCCACCCUGAGUCCCCUUCGGCGUGAGAAGGGCGGAAUAUAAAUGCUGUAAAUAAAAAAAUAAAUAAAUAACCGUAGUGAUGGUGUUGACGAUGAUGGGAGUUGUAGUCCAGCAUCUCUAAGAUUGAGGGAGAUUGAACUAGAAAUAGAUCAGGAAGAGGAUAGGAUGAAGAUAGAUAGAUAGAUAGAUUAAAGAGAUGAAGAGAUAGAUAGAUAGAUAGAUAGAUAGAUAGAUAGAUAGAUAGAUAGAUAGAUAGAUAGAUAGAUAGAUGAAGAGAUAGAUAUAGAUAUUCAUUCAUGUAUUCUACAUUUUGCUUUAGUAUUAGGCAGCAUUCUGAUUUUUUUUAACCCCAGGGCAUGUUUGAAUUUCAAGCAAUUGAUCUUCUCUUUGUUUCCAAGCCUAACAUGUGCAAAGAAGGAAAAAUAAACUCAGAUCGUAACAAAUUGAACUUGCUGUCAUUUCUUUGAUCAAGUUGUAGCUCAGCACGACCAGCUCGUGGGGGAAGGAGAAAGAAGUUUUGCAUUGAUCAGCCUAGGAACUUGAAAACUGUGCCAGAGUGUUUGCAAACUAAAGUCUACAGAAUGCAUGUGUCAGGAGUAAGAGAAACCAUGUCAGAGCCCAGAGGGAUGAUCCCCUUCCCUCAGCUGCUCUCACUUACAUUCAUACUCCCUGCAGCUAAAAUAAAACCUAGCACAACAGGCUGGUGUAUAACCUCUCUUUCUGCCCUGUUCAUUUUCUAUUUGCAUUCAUCUAAUGCUUGGAAAAGAAACGUUUCAGACUAUAAAAUCCAUACCACCUGGGAAAAUUUGGGAAAUCCUCUCGCUAAAAUUCCUAAUUCUAGACUUGAAAGAGGUUUCAAGCAUCUCAUCUUACAAUACCUUGGAUCGGUGCUUUCAUUGGUUUGACUACUUCUGCUAUGUGUAACUAACAAAUAGAGCCUUGGGUGCUAAUAAAUGGAAAUUAUUUGGGUGAUAAAUAAAGUAUAGCUUGAUCUAGAGUAGUGGUUGUCAAUCUGGGGUCUCCAGAUGUUAUCGGCCUACAACUCCCAGAAAUCCCAGCCAGUUUACCAGCUGUUAGGAUUUCUGGGUGUUGAAGACCAAAAACAUCUGGGGACCCCAGGUUGAGAACCACUGAUCUAGAGUGUAGAUUAAUAUAAUGCAGAUUGAACUGUACUGAACUGCAUUAUAUGGGUCUAUACCUAUGGUUCCCAACCUUUGGGCCUCCAGGUGUUUUGGACUUCAACUCCCAGAAACCCCAGCCAGCUUACCAGCUGUUAGGAACUGUGGGAGCUGAAUCACUGGUCUACACUGACCAUAUAAGGUCGUUUUAACCUCAUUAUAUGGUAGUGUAGGUCCAGCUUGAAAUCCCUACUAUAGCAUAGGAUAAAUGUUGGAUGUUGGCCUUAGGAGACUUUAAACAGCUGUAUACUUGUUGCAAAAAGAAAUAAAUAUAUUACCUGUU